AUGCCUCUCGAAGCCGCCGUGAUUGUGCUAGACAACUCAGAAUACAUGCGGAAUGGCGACUAUGCUCCAACACGGUUCACUGCACAGGGCGAAGCCGCCACUACUGUCUUCGACGUGAAGGUGAACUCGAACCCGGAGAACACGGUCGGCGUCAUGACCAUGGCUGGUAAAGGCCCAGAAGUCCUCGUCACCCAUACACGUGAAAUCGGUCAAAUCCACGCCGCACUGCACUCAUCCUCAUCCCGCAUCGGCGGCUCAGCAUCCAUACCAACAGCCAUUGCCAUCGCCCAGCUCGCCCUCAAACAUCGCCAAAACAAGAACCUCCGUCAACGUGUCGUGCUCUUCGUCGGCUCACCGAUAGAAGAGGCCGCUGGCGAGGGUGGCGCCCCGGCGUUGAUCAAGCUCGCGAAGAAGCUCAAGAAGAAUAACGUCGCGGUGGAUGUCAUUGCGUUUGGAGAUGCUGUUGAGGGUCCUGGGCAGGAGAUGAUGAGAGCGUUUGUCGAGGCUGCCAAUAGUGGUGACAACUCACACUACGUCUCCAUCCCCCCAGGUCCCCACUUCAUCUCCGACAUCCUCUUCUCCUCCCCCAUCCUCGCA